UAUUUAACUCAAUUUUCAUGUUACUUUUAUAGGUAACUGUAUAUUACAAUAUACUGAAUAACAAUAUCCAGUCAUUCUUAGUCUCAAUUUGUUUUCAUUUAUUUAUUCACUUUUCAUGAUCACAUAAUGUAAUCUACUUCCUUUAUUUAUGAAAUCUUUUAUAUUUAAGUAACGCACAGUUUUUACUUGCUAUCUUGCAGGGUUCCCACGGUCAUGCAAAACCUGGAAAUAUCAGGGAAUUUGAAAACUGCGAAAAGUUGUGAAAAUAUUUAAAUACAAAUUUCUAGUAAUACUCUUAAAUGUAUCGGCUAGAAAUUGCUCUUUGUGAGUGUAAUCUCUGAAUAUCUCUAAAAUAUUUUGUUUAAUCCUUAUCCAGUAAUCGCAAACAACUGGAAACUUUCAUGAAAAUUCAUUGGUUAAAAGGAAUGGGAACCCUGAUCUUGGUAGUCAUCAUUAAUUCACAACUUGCAACUUGUUAUAAAUGUAGAUUUUUUUUUUUGUGUGUGUGUGUGACUGUUUUUAUGCUAUUAUGUUCUAUGUACAUACGGCUAAAACAGGCCUGUGUGGUCAAUCACAUACAGGCCAGCAUUUCCAGCAUCCUCACUGUCCGUUUUUCUGUCUGAACAAGCCUUGUAUCAUCUGUCUCAGGACGGUUUGUAAAGUUUUAGCAUGCCAAGGCCUGUAGCUUUCAUCUGCCUGCCGCUUAUUACUGCGGCAGGCCUGCGAGUGGAUAACCCUGGCUCACAUAAAGCUUGCCAAAUGACGUCAAAGCCUGGAGGAAAUGCUCAUUGUGCACUUUUACCACACGUGUGAGCAUGCACACACGCACACACAGGUCGCAGCAGUGCCACCACUUUACUUUAUUACUUUCAUCAGAACCCACCUCCUCUCAAAAAAAUUAUGUUGGUCUGAAUUAAAUACAAUCAAUAAAAUGAGCUCAGCAUGUACGCACAAGACUGAAGAUGGAUUAAAGCUAGCAGAGUUUAUAGAUACCCAGAGUUCUUCCCAUAAUAUCAUUAUGAAUGUUUUUUUUUUUUCGCUGAGUGGAUAUCAUCAAAAGCUGUCUCUGGCACUUGGCUGGAUUUAUCAAAUGGAUGGCUUUGAGAAUGAGUCAUUCUUUGCUACAGUUACUACUUGUGGUGCAGUGAGUGGGAAUGGUGUGGAUCUCUCCGUAAUAAAUGAGGCCAGGAACCUGGUGUCAGACCUGCUGAUGGACUCCUCUCUCUCGCCCCACGUUCUCUCUUCACUGCGCAGCGCCAGCAGUCUCAUGGGAGCUUUCUCUGGGUCCUGUCGGCCCCGGGUCAACCCCUUUACCCCCUUUCCUGGUUUUUACCCCUGUGCUGAGAUUGAAGAUCCCUCAGAGAGAGGAGACAGAAAGCCACUGAAGGGUCUGAGCAGCAGGAACAGUUUACCCACCCCUCAGUUGAGGCGUAGUUCAGCCUCUUCAUCUCUGCCUCCCUUGGAAUCUGCCGCCUCACGAUGGGAACGCACCAAUGGAAAGAGAUCUCACUCUGAGCUUAGCAGCCAGAGUUGUGUGUCUAACGGGCCCAACAGCAACCUGCUUACCAUCCCUAAACAGAGAUCCUCCUCUGUCACCCUCUCCUAUGGCCAUACUGUCCCCAGAAGACCAGGUGCCUCUCCCAGCCUGAGUCCGGUCAGCUCACCGAGUCACAGCCCCCCUGCUGUUCCCGGCUCCUCUUUGGUCACACGCUCUCCGGUGGAGUUCCCAGACACAGCUGAUUUCCUCACCAAGCCCAGCGUAAACCUGCACAAAACGCUGGGUUACACGCUAAGCUCCCCUGAUUUCCAGCAGCAGUAUCGUGGCCCCUCUUCAGUCCCUUUGUGCACCAGUUGUGGCCGUCAGAUGCUGAAGGGUGUCUCCAGUGUGGAAGUGGGUGAGGGCCAUCACCCAGCAGCCAAUGAAAUGCAACGAACGCGCUCAGCUGAAGGUGUGGAGUAUGGAGGGGAAAACCUGAUUCGAGAGGAGAGCAUGGAGGCUGAGUCUCAGGAGGAGAAAACUCCAGACACAACAGCGGAAAAACAGAAAAGCCAGUCUGAAGAAGAGGAACAGACUUCAAGUACAGAGCAGUCCUCACUAGAUCCUGAGGGAGACGAGGAGUUCGCAUUGGAUCCCAUGCUGGUAGAGCACGAAGCACUCAUGGAGAAAGUCAACACCUGGAACUUCCAGAUAUUUGAGUUGAUGGACAUGACGGGAGGGAAGACUGGAAGGAUUCUCAGCUAUGUGGCGUACACUUUGUUCCAUGACACAGGUCUGUUUGAGAUCUUCAAAAUCCCCGUCCGGGAAUUCAUGACGUACUUCUGCGCUCUGGAGAAUGGCUAUCGUGAUAUCCCCUAUCACAACCGUGUCCAUGCCACUGAUGUCCUUCAUGCAGUGUGGUAUCUCACCACCCAGCCAAUCCCAGGCUUUCAGCAAAUACAUAAUGAGCAUGUCACAGGAAGUGAUACAGAUUCAGACAGUGGAAUCUCCCCAGGCAGGGUGGCAUACGCAACGUCCAAAAGCUCCUCUUUCUCAGAUGACAGUUAUGGCUGUCUGGCCUGGAAUGUGCCUGCGCUGGAACUCAUGGCACUAUAUGUAGCAGCUGCUAUGCAUGAUUAUGAUCAUCCUGGUCGCACAAAUGCCUUUCUUGUAGCCACUAACGCUCCUCAGGCGGUGUUGUAUAACGACCGCUCGGUUCUGGAGAACCAUCACGCUGCCUCUGCCUGGAGCCUUUUUCUUUCCCAGCCAGAGUUCAACUUCCUUGGCAACUUGGACCAUGUUGAGUUUAAACGCUUUCGAUUCCUUGUGAUCGAGGCCAUCCUCGCCACAGACCUGAAGAAGCACUUUGACUUCCUUGCUGAGUUUAAUUCCAAGGUUAAUGAUGUGAAUAGUCCAGGCAUCGACUGGACUAAUGAAAAUGACAGGUUAUUAGUGUGCCAAGUGUGCAUUAAGCUGGCAGAUAUUAAUGGGCCAGCCAAAGACCGCAGCCUUCACCUCAAAUGGACAGAGGGGAUCGUCAAUGAGUUUUAUGAGCAGGGUGAUGAGGAGGCCACUCUAGGGUUACCCAUAAGCCCGUUUAUGGACCGCUCGGCACCACAAUUAGCAAAGCUCCAGGAGUCUUUUAUUACACACAUCGUUGGGCCUCUUUGUAACUCAUAUGAUGCUGCCGGUCUGCUGCCAGGAUACUGGAUUGACGAGGAAGGCUCUGACGAUGAAGAGGAGAUGGAAGAUAUUGAAACGGAAGAUGAAGAGCUGGAUGAGGAUCUUGAACCAAAGAGGAGGAAGGGUCAACGCCGGUUGUUCUGCAACAUCAUGCAGCACUUAACAGAUAACCACAAGGUGUGGAAGAAGACCAUUGAGGAAGAAGAGAAGUCCAAAGAGCUGGAGACUCAGCAGAAGCAGCAAGCCGAGAGCCCCAGCCUUCCUCCAUCCAAUUGCUCCUCUGAUGACAUCCAGGUCAUUCAAGAGGAGGCUGAGGAGGAGGAGCGGCAGUAGCAGGAGGAGUAAGGUCAAGAAUUGAAGCUCAGAGAGGGGCUUGAACAGAGUUAAACCACCCCUCCCUCUCCUUCACCUAAACACAUGCACACACACAUUGACACCCCAGAGGAAGACCCUGCAGGAUCUACCCACGCUGAAAUUAGUCACUGUGCCGACACUCUGAAGCUAAUGCAAUUCACAUUGUGUUGAAAAAAAAAAAAAGGCCUUACUACUGUGAGAGGACCCUCGGUGGGAGCACCACUCCUAUGCACUUUCACCCCAUGGAGAAUCAGUGGAGACUGAACACAUCUUUGAAGACGCAGUGAGAUUAGAAGAAAACGGAAAACAUGCGGUAAAGAAUCGUGCCAUCCAUGGUUACCUGGCUGUCAUGCUGCCUUGAACAUAAAGCUCUUAAUUCUCCCAUUGGUACUUCUUAAGUCAAAUAGGACACAAAAAUGACUAGAAAUUAAAGAAGACAAUGACAUAAUUGACACUCGUUACCAAAGUGAACAGUUCAAAAACACGAAAGACUGCGACUGAGGCCGUUUCAGGCCGUGUCAGGAAGCAUAAUUCAAAAUGUGCCUGUCUGAACUUUUGUGAUAUAUAUAUAUAUAUAUUAGUUUGUUUUUAUUUUUAUUGUGGUCCAGACAAUGGACUGUGUACGCUGCACUGUAUGUGCAGUCCCCAAUUCAUGCUGGCGACAUAAAACACUGUAUUACUGAACAGAGUCACUAGGAUAAGUGGAAAUGCUGACAUUUUUUGACUGAAAAAUGACCUGACUUCUGCAUCGUUUUGGAUGCUUUUUAUUCAUGUGCAUCACCUUCCUGCAGUUUUCGUUUGCAUUUGUUGUUUGUAUGGUAGAUUUUUUUUUCCCCAUUUGUGGUGUUUUUUUUCCCUUUAACCUUCAGGAAUACGGAGUUGCCAAUCAUUGAGUUUUCUCUGUAAAGUCCAUCUGUGUUCAAAAGCAUAGCAAAUGGGACAGGACAGCUGGUCCAGUGAAGGGACAUUUCUCCUUUUUUACGUUUGAAUAGAUAUAUAUUUUUUCACGGUUACUCAGGAUUCAUGUGAAGGAUCGUUCCUUGUUUUGCAGGAAAAAAGUUAAUUCUGCAAUUUCUAAAUAACUUGCACGUUGAAAAGUUCUUUUCAGAGCCGGAGAAAAAGGUUUCUAUUUUUUGUAUGAACAACUUGAAAGUCAUUAACAAAAAGAGAUGCUCUCUCAAAGUGCAGAGUCCUGGAUAUUAACACCAGUCCUUAUCUGCUGCUCCAGACCAGUAUAGCCAUGUUUAUUUUUGCAAAGACCCCCUGAUAAGCAUUGGGAUCCAGGAAUCUUAAGUAAAAAUGAAAUGUUUGUUUGAUUUAGCAUGCAUGUCAUAGACUAAACAUUGCUUUGGGGGUUACUUUGUUUGGCAUUAUUCAAACUUAAAAACACGUGCUUUUACUUAAACUAAUUAUUGCCAAACGCAUAAUCUGGCCAGUGCAAAAAUUUCAAGUAAUUCAGGGUUUUCACCUUGAAAGCUGUACAUGAUUUCUUUUGUUUGUUUUUUCUUCUUUUAUUUUUUAUAUAUAUUUUCUUAUUCUUCACCAAAAGGCAGGUUUAAUACUAAUAGUUAUAUUUUUUCAUCUGAAGCAAGAAAUCUAGGCAUUCCACUAGAAUAAUGAGGGAUGUCUGGGGUGAUGGAGACUGACUUGAUCUCUGUCUCUUCCUCUCUGCUUCACCUCGCCGAAACUCAUUUUGUCUCUCUAGAGGAAAGUUCUCAAGUAGGCAGUGUAAAUGAAGCUAGUAUAUUUAAGAAGGGGGGAAAUAAGAGAUAAAUGUGCACAUUUUACUACCAAACAAGUGUUUAACCUCUGCACAGAAAGAAUACUU